CUGCGCAACCUACCAAACAAACAUUAGCCCAAAAAGGACAACCAUGGAAACCCGCCUCUCCUCCCCGGAUGCCCAGCCACUUCUCGAACAACAAGAACCAUCGAGUAAAAGUCCCAAGAAACUAGCUCUAAUCCCGCUCGUCUUCCUCAUCUACUUCGAGGUCGCCGGCGGCCCCUACGGCGAAGAGUCUGCGGUUGGGGCUGCCGGGCCACUCUUUUCGAUCCUUGGCUUCCUCAUCUUCCCCUUCGUAUGGAGCAUCCCGGAGGCCGUGGUCACUGCCGAGCUCGCCACCACCUUCCCUGGCAAUGGUGGUUAUGUCAUCUGGGCCAACCACGCCUUCGGCCCCUUCUGGGGCUCCUUAAUGGGAUCCUGGAAGUUCUUCAGCGGAGUCAUAAACUUGGCAUCAUAUCCAGUUCUAUGCGUAGACUAUCUCAAGCUGGUAUUGCCAAUUUUCUCAUCCGGCCUACCUCGCUAUUUUGCUGUAGUUGUUUCAACUUUGGUGCUGUCUUUUUUUAACUAUACCGGUCUGACUAUAGUAGGGUACACUGCAGUAACUCUAGGAGUUGUUUCACUUUUGCCCUUUAUAGUAAUGUCUUUGGUUGCAAUUCCGAAGAUUGAUCCUAGUAGGUGGAUCAGUUUGGGUCAAGAGGGUGUAAAAAAAGACUGGACAUUGUUUUUCAAUACCCUCUUUUGGAACUUGAAUUUUUGGGACAACGCUAGUACUUUAGCUGGUGAAGUGGAGCAACCCCAGAAAACAUACCCAAAGGCAUUGUUUUCUGCUGGGUUGCUCACUUGUUUGGCUUAUUUGAUCCCUCUCCUGGCUGCAACUGGGUCUAUACCUCUACAUCAAGAAGAUUGGGUUGAUGGGUAUUUUGCAGAUGCUGCAGAAAUCAUUGCUGGCAAGUGGUUGAAGGUUUGGAUUGAAAUUGGUGCAGUUUUAUCGGUUAUUGGACUCUAUGAAGCCCAAUUGAGCAGUUGUGCAUACCAACUUCUGGGAAUGGCAGAUUUAGCAUUUUUACCGCAAAUUUUCGGUGCAAGAUCCACAUGGUUUAGGACACCUUGGGUGGGAAUUUUUCUCUCAACACUGAUUGCACUCGCAGUUUCUUUCAUGAGUUUUGUGAACAUUAUUUCUUCAGUUAAUUUCUUGUAUAGUUUGGGGAUGUUAUUGGAGUUUUCAUCUUUUCUUUGGUUGAGGAGGAAGUUGCCAGUAGUGAAGAGGCCGUUUAAAGUUCCCAUGGGGUUGCCAGGGCUGGUGGUUAUGUGCUUGAUCCCAUCUGGGUUUUUGGUCUAUGUAAUGGCAGUGGCUACUAGCACUGUGUUUUUGGUAAGUGCUCUGCUGACAUUGGCUGGGCUUGCUUGGUACUUCUUCAUGGAAUUUUGCAAGUCCAGGUUGUGGCUCGAGUUCAACAACGCUGGAGAAAAAAUUGAAGAUGAGGAUUUGGAGGGGAUCCGUAAUCAAUGAUUGUAAUUUGUAUGGGUCUUGAUCUGCAGAUUUUUCUCCUUUCCCUUUUCUACCAGCAUUUGCAAAUGACAUGGACAAUUGAUUUGCUAAAAAAUUAAUAAUGAUGUAGAACAAGACAAUUUCAAAGG